AUGCUUCUGCUUUUCAAUCUCUUCAGGUCCAACCUGGCAUGGCACGUGGAGAUUGCCGAUCCAUUUGCCGGCGAUCAACAUGCUGGCCUCCUGUUCGGGGUCGUUGCAGAAUUGGGCGAGCUUUCGUACGUCCUGAAAAAGAAUUCCGGUUUCGCCGAAUUCCAGAAUCCCCGGUUCAUAUAUAAAGAGGCGAAAGCAUCAGCCCGGCUACGCUACUCGAAGAUGGACUUUCGUCAGUUCGAGCUAGCGCGUAGCGAAUUCUGCCCCGGCGGCGCCGACACGUUCACGCUGCGCCUGGAAUUUCGGAGGAAGGCGGGAGGAGGCGGAGCGGUGAACAAGUCGAAGGCGUCCACCCCGCGCUUCGUCCAGCCGCCGAGCAGAGAGCUGACGCCGUCCGGGGAGACGACGGACGAGUCAAUGUUCCCGGAGGCCGUCGCCGUCUACGUGCCGCCCGUCUCCGAAUCGCCCGGCCACACGACGGGCAGUUGCUCGGUGGCUAGCUCGGCGUCGCGAGGCCGUGAUCUGCAGGACAGCCGCGCCACCACCAGCCUCGAGCGCGACAUCAACAAGGCCACCAACUUCCUGCAGCGCGUGCGGCCGAAGCGCGCGAGCACCACCACGUCGACGACCACGGGGGGCACCGGCACGUUCAACGGGAUGGAUGCGACCGUGUGCCCGGAUACGCCGGAUCCGGAAAAUGACUACGUCAGGUGCUGCGCCCACGGGACCGAGAAGUGCAUGCAGAAGCGCAAGGACGACGCCGGCCUCCAGAACGACGACCCGCUCGAGCGCCUCUACACUGCCCUCAACAAA